GUAUUCAUUUUCAUUCUACCAUCUAUCUCCUUACCUUAACCUUAAACCCUCAAAAACCCUUACAUUUCUCAAACACGAAAAACACUGAGAGUGAAAGAGAGAGAGUCAGAAAUGUCUUUGAGAUCAGGUUCAUCGCUGUCACGCUCGUUGAUCUCUACCGCUAGGGCUUCAACGCGCCGCGCAUCGCCGCCACUCCCCCGCCUCCGUCCUCCGCCUCUCGCCGCUCCCCGCCGUCUCUCCUUUGCUCCCCUCUCCAGGAACUUGGGAGAAUUGGGAUGCACACAAUCGCUGCUGCCGCUUGGGAACGUGAUGGCUGCGACUCGCCUUACAUCUCACAUUGCUGUCAACGUGCGAGCUUUUUGUGAGCUGUCUCAUGGUACCUUCUGCCGUACUUGUCAGGAUCGCUAGUAGUUUGGUGGAAUGGAAAAGACGGGUGAUGCACGAGGACUUUCAAUCAUCCAAAUGGCAGGGAGAAUGAUGCUGCAUUGUAGGUACUUGAAAGGGCAGUUGUAUCAGCACAUUUGUGUGCCAAAAGAAAAAAAAAAGAAAAGUUAAUUUGGGGCAGUCGUAGAGAGUGGAUAUCCUGUAGGAGCUUAUGCUUUCUAGUAGUAUAGGAAAUUAAUAAGUUUGUCAUCUAGGUUAUGCCAUUUCCAAGAAGAAACUUGGGAGUUUCUCCAUAUCAUGGUCAUCAACUUGCAUUAGUUUUGGCUAGUUGAAUCUUUUGUUCAAUGAUUUCUGGUACAGUUAGUUUCUGAAGCACAUCUAUUAGCUUUUGCUGCUUUAUUUCUUUUUAAUAAAAAAUUGCAUUGCUUUUUCAUGAUA